AUGGCGGCUGUCAUUCAGAAUCCCUUAAAAGCGUUGGGUGACCAGUUCUAUAAGGAGGCCAUUGAGCAGUGUCGCAGCUACAAUGCCCGCCUGUGUGCCGAGCGCAGCGUGCGCCUGCCGUUCCUGGAUUCACAGACCGGCGUGGCCCAGAACAACUGCUAUAUCUGGAUGGAGCGCCACCACCGCAGUCCUGGUGUGGCAGCAGGACAGAUGUAUACCUACCCUGCCCGCUGUUGGAGAAAGAAGCGGCGGCUGCACACUGCCACUGACCCUCGGCUGGGUCUGUAUGGUCUACAGCUAGAUGGAAGCCUCAUGUCCAGGGACUCCCUGCCGAACCAGAGCACCACACUGGAGGCCCUGCUUCGAGGAGAGGGUCUGGACAAGAGGAACAACUCCAAGAACGACGAGGAGAGCCUGCUUGAGAUCCAGAGGGUUCUGGAGGCAGAUGCAGCAGAGGAUGCCUUCAAUGAUGACGAUGACUAUGAGGUGGACACUCCCAAAAGGAGACACAGAGGCAAAGGAAGAGGUCGGGGUUCAGGCCGCAGGAGGACGGAUAUGGACGACAAUGACAAGCCAUAUGUCUGUGACAACAGAUACAAACAAAAGCAUAAGUCAAAAUCUUCGGCCUCAGUCUGCGGGAAGCGCUACAGAAACCGCACGGGGCUAAGCUACCACUACACCCAUUCCCACCUGGCAGGGGAAGACAGAUCCAGGGAGAGAGGUCCCGCGUCAUCCAGAUCACCCUCCACACAGCGAUCAGACAGACACAAACGUCCAAAGGGUCUAGUUGGUGCUGCCAUUCCUAAUAACUACUGUACUAAAUGCCAAGGCAACAAGAAAACGGGUAAAUCUGGGUUUCCCUGCUCAGCCUGCCAACAAACAACUGACUAUAUUGAAGAGAAGGAAGACGGGACAUUUACUGGGGCGGAGGAGUUAUUUGGCACCACCUCAGAGAGCGACACCUCCACUUUUCACGGCUUUGAGGAUGACGAGCUGGAGGAGCCUGCCACAAACGGCAAUGGAAUAUCCAACCGACACAGAUAG